AAUACUCGUGACAAAUUCGUGGAAUUGGCCGGAGAACCUCAAAGUUUCUACAGUUCUUCGUCUUCAGCUCUCAGCCCUUCCUUUCAACUAUUAAGGCCACCUUAGGCAUAGCAGCCCACCCGGCCAUGAUCGUACAUGUCCGUCCACUGACGUGACCAAAGCAAAGACCUAUUAAUAACUAAUCUGUCAAAAACACAAUUCUUCAACUAAUGACUAGGUAAUUUACAGCUGCGAGAAUCUCAUGGCUCGAUAAUCGCCUGCACGUCCGCUUACUGCUUGCUUCGCGAAUCGUGAUUCGAGCUUCGCAUUGCCUCCUCUCGGGACAGGCAUAGCGGAGAUGGAGUUCGGCAUGUGCUGGAGACCUCAAAAAUCGAAAUCAACCCAUCAAAUUCGCACUCUUCAUAUCCUAUCCUUACGUUAGCCAACACUUGGUUAAGAGCAUCCUGUGCCAUCCCGCCUCUUACAUGAAAACGACCGUCGCAUCGGAAUGAUUGAUAUGAUUUACGAUAUGGACACUGGUGAAUACGAGACUAAUGCAUUGGUAAUUAAUAAUAUAUCAUCUGUCAACUUUGCUUUUUACGACCCCGUCUCUCCGACCCUCGCGUCUUUCGGUUCUCAUGCGCUCGAACUCGAAAAUGGGCUUCGUAGAGAUGGAUUCUUGGCUUAUUUCGAUACCGUUCGACGGGGGGUGUGGUGUUUUCGCCUGUCACAAAAGGACAGACAAUCAGCCGCGCCAGCUUUUCCAAAAUCCGUUGGAAGUGCUGGAUUUACCUUUUCUUUAACUGAAGAGGGUGCUCUGGAAUCUGCUGCAUUAGUCAAGAAUCGCCAAUAUGGCCCGAAUGCAGGAAACACCCCAGCAAGCUCGUCGUCGUCUAGUGGUUCAGCUGGUCUCGAUUCAGCUUAUCGAACUACACAAUCUGCUACUCUCCCCUCGGCCCAGCCAUUCCCUACCCUGGGCGAACAAGAAUCUAAGACAGUCUCGUCUGUUGAUUCGAAAAUCACUUCCUCGACCCCAACAAAGGAUAUCUAUGAACACUUCAUCCUUGCUGCCCUGUCGGCAAUCUCUUCUAGUUUUUGCGCUACUACCGGCGCCAUCCCGUUGAGCUCCCGGACCCUUCUCCUCCCUAGAUCUUCCCAUAGUGAUUGUAUCGAUACCCCAGCUAUUCUAGCGUCCCUGCGCAUAUAUCUCACAACUACAGGUAGCCUUGUUAUAUCUUUUGCCCUCUCCCCGGCUGAAGGUAUAGUCAACUUGUCUGAAAAUUUGGGACACACUUUGCCGUCGCUUGGCGUAACUGUUUUAGCAGCACCGUUGGGCAUGUUUGCCACUUGCCAUCCUAUUGCGAAUUCCGAUUCUACCGCUACCGAUAGCGGGUUUGCUCAGUCGCCCGACACGCAGGUUAUGAGACUGCGAUCCGAGAGAGACGACGGCCCCUGGCGGAAUGUCUGCGCCAAAUUCCUUCAAGCGCGCAAUAUACCCUCUUCAUUCUGCGAAUCUCAAAACUGGAUCGGCCUACAACGAAUGCGACGAAAGCCAACGGAACAGAACAUAGACGGAAAGCGGACUCCUCUAAUAGGGGCUCCCAGCAUAUCGUGGCCUGUCAAUCUCUGCUUCUGUAAGAUAUUUUCACGACUCUCAAUUGGAGGCGAAACAGAAGAUCAGUCUGCGUCCCAGCCUGACCGGAGUUUUGAUCCUCUCAAGGCCGCCAGGCAAUGGGUUCUAGGUGCUGGAGAGCGAGACGAGGCCUUAGCAAAAAAUAAAAAGGAUAGGGAUGCUGCAACGGCCCGAGAGGUUUCGCUAGCUGAUGGCCAGGCCCAGCAUGCGAGUGGAUUGUCGCCUUUAACCUUACAGCGACCCAACAACGCCAAUGCGUUGCCAGGAGGUUUAUAUCCGACCCCACCAGGUGCUCAGAAUAUUAUAGGCGCGACUCCAUCCAUGGAUGGCACUGGUUCUAGUCCCGGGAAUAAUGCGACUGCCACAACAAUGGUAGAUGUUGACGCGACUCGCAAUAUGUCGUAUGGCGAUAACUGGGAGAACACGGAAGUCAAACGUGAGCGCCUGGGUGCCUCGUUUGAGUCUGAGAAUCUCUUCGGCGAACUGGGACCUGACAUGUUUGGAGAUGCGGAUAUUACUGAAGCCGAUUUUAAUUUCUUCGACGAGCAACCGGGCGACAUGAGUCUAGGUUCACUUGACCUUCCUGUACUCUCAACUAGUGACCCAAAUCUUGAUCUCGCGGUCAGCCUGCCAUCAACGCAGGAGUCACAGUUCAAAUCAGGCCCUCCAGAUAUUCAUUUACCCGACGCAACUCCUUCGCCAACAUUUACAAAACCCGAGCUUAGACAUGCUCGAAGCUCGCUGGAGGAUGCCCGACGCUUAGCUGGACUAGAAUCCAACAAAUUCCCGCCUACGAGCAUGAAACGACCUGCAAGCCCAUUUAACCCCGAUACUGUAUAUAAGAGAAUCAGAGCGUCUUUGGAUAACCAUAAGGCCGUUCAGAAGAACUCCCGUAUAAGCGCAUCUCCACACGGCAGCAUCUUUGACAAGGUGAAUUUUGGGCCUUGCUUGUCAAUAGUGAACAGCAAAUAUGAAGGCAGCGGGCGCUUCGAUUACUCUCUUGAACGAUCUGGAGAUUCUAAAUCGACCAACCUAAACGAGCCGCCAACGACGGACUAUUUACGACGGCAUGUAAAAGGCCGUAAGGGCUUGAAAGAGAUGCCUGCAAAGGUUGGGCAGGUUUUGAUCCGUGCUUCUGGAGUCCAGGCUCCUGCGUCGAACGGAGCGAGUCCUUCAAAUAUCCCCUCGAAUACCGAAGAGGCUCAUUCAGAUGCUGACGAGGUCAGCCUCGUAUCGGAUCAAGAUGACUCAAGCUACGACGGUGAUGAACCUUCAUCUCCUAUAAAAUCCGUAAGCAUGAGACGACGGUUGGUCGAUGACGAUGGGGAGUCGCUUGCCACAUCAUUCAGAGAUCUUGAGUCUGUGGAUGUGAGCUCGCCGCAUGAAUUUCCCCAAACUUGCAAAUCUGAGGCAGAUCUUCCGCUUACGAAAUAUUUUGCCGACCCCGAACCACCCCUACUUCAAUAUUCAUUACCAGAUGACCAACUCAUAAUUGCUGCGCAAAUUCUCACGGACCAGUUUGCUACUUGUACUCUCCUAGCCAAUGUAUCGUCGUCACAAUUAGGAUCAAGGGUUGACCGACGUCGUCAACUCACCAGUUUAACACGCAGAUCGAUACAAGACAUUAAGUCGAGCCUUCCCCCUUGUCUAACAAUUGCCACCGAAUACCAAUUUCGCCCGUUCAUCGAACUCCAAGACGUGCCGCUCCUUGGCCAGCCUACGAGGAUGCAACCUAGGCCACCAAACGCCGAUCAAAUGAGGCCGAGCAACUUAUUCCAGAUCCCGUCUCCACAUUUUGAGCUGCGGCGGUAUGAAUCCAAGUUGUCUGUCUUGCCAUCUGCAGUUGCUUUCUGGGAGAGUCUUGGGCUUAGCCCGUCUCCCGGGAAUAAAGAUAUCAACGCCAUCUGCAUUUUCCCUGAUUAUGAAGGUCUCUCAGAUGACAUGCUAGUAUUCGCCGAUAGAAUGCGCAGUAUAUACGAAUCAUUGAAGCUAGGCUCGUUCAAUCGUCUACCAGCGACCUCUAGUGUAGAGAACGGCCUAUUCCCUUUCGCUAUUGAGAAAGACCCCAUACCAUUCAACAAAUCCUCACCCUUUCUAAGACCCUCAUUAGCGAAUUGUGCCUCCAAAGUCUGUCAAACGUUAGUGUCAAUGAAUGUGGAAGAGAUCAAUUUUGUUGUCUUCUUCGUUUAUUCGCCCGACGUUACGGGUUCGAUAGUCGAAAGCUGCGCUGUCUUCAACCAGAUCUUUGAGGGCUAUAGGAGACUACUAUCUACCAAAAAGUUACCGAUUGUCAAUGACUUAGCUCUGCAACUAGUGCCUCAGGAUUUUGUGGCGUCCUCAAAUUCGGUGGCCAUGCCAUCUCCUUUCGAAUUUUCCAAGCUAGCCAUGGAGACGUACGAUAGGUGCAUUCAAUUUGGCGGCACAACUCCAUCCCCAGCCCUAGUGCUUGAGCAACCGCCGCCACGAAUGAUUGACUUCAAGUUAACAACAAACCCGUCCGCAUCUCUCUUACACGAAAAUGCAUGCCUUCACAUCGCUUAUGCGCAGAGUAUUGACGGGAGAUGGAUCACUGCCGCUUGGACGGAUAAUAGGGGCAGCCAACAAAUGACAGCAUCGUACUGUCUUGGAAGGAAGGGCAAGAAUCUGUCUAGACCAAUUGCAGAUGUAACGGCAGGGAUUUGGGCGGCGACUCUUGAUUUUAUUUCCGCUUGGAAAGUACACUGGCGAGUUAUUAUCGCCAAAUGUGGUGCGAUGGAGCAGUCUGAGAUAGAGCUCUGGUCUAACCUCGCUCAGGCAGAGUUGAAAGCAUCGAUUAGCCUAACGCUCGUUUCAGUGGAUACAGAUCCAUCCAUGCAACUGCUUCCUCCUGUUGUCAAGGUGUCUAGUAGCGCUCUAUCAGUAUUUUACUCAACACCAGUUUCCACACCACAAGGGUCUAUGGUCUCGCCUGAGCAGAGCGGCAACCCGCCCACCCCUAUCCGGGAAAACAUGGGGACAAGUGCACCUACUCCGGGGGCUGACAACAACCCGGAGUCCGACGGUGACGCUACCUUAACGGAAAUCACGGACCAAACGUGGGGUGCUGUUUUAUCACAUAGGCUGAACAACUCAAGUUCCCUGAUGGAGCUCAAUCCGGCCCUUGUCAGUGGGUACCUUGUAAAACGGGGUGGAUCGCGGGUCGAAGACCCUCCGGUCGUUAUGGAAGUCAGCAUCGUCCAUAACGAAGGCAACCCAAGAGCUUACGAGUCGCUAUUGAGGGAGAUGCUUACAUAUUACCGGGGCCUAGGAACAUUAGCCAGGGCUCGUGGGAUGAUUGAUAAAGAGAGCGAUAUUCGACCGUGGCAUAUCGCCGCUGCGGAGAAAGCUGUUAAAGCGCUGUAUAUGUUAAUGUGAUAUGCUAGGGUUGCUUUUUUCCGAGGCACAGAGGGCAUUGCAUGGGGACCUUGCUGUCUUAGAAGGAUAGGAGGUAGCAACUCGUUUUUAGCGAUAUAAUAAGAUACCAAUACUUAUUCCUAAAAAUUAUGCGGAGUUUCCUUUGUUUCAUUCGUUAAGUUGUACUAAUAUAAUGUCAGCGUCUUAUUCAGGGUUACUUUGAGGGUGACGUGUUAAAAGAAGCAUAGUAAUAUCCAUUAGAUAUCCUAUCUUGAAAACGAAUUUUGCAAUCUCGCUUUGAAGAUGUAACACCACGACCUGGUCUCGGUAGUAGUUAUUAUCGGUCGAAAAAAUAACCACCUUGGCCAAUUUCAGUCCAAUAUGCA